AUGACCACAAUUGCCACAUUCACCAAAAACGUUUUGCUUACCAUUGUACUUGCUUUGUUUGCUCAAGGUGCCGCUAUUCCUGAAGUUAUCAAAAGAGACGAUAACCCUGGUUUUGUCGCACUAGACUUUGAAGUUACUAGAAAGCCGCUUGACUUGAAUGCUACUUCUGAAAUUGCUAAAAGAUCUUCACCAUCGUCACCAUUGUAUUUUGAAGGGACUUCAUAUGGUAUUCGUGUUUCUGUCGGAUCCAAUAAACAAGAACAGCAAGUAGUUCUUGAUACUGGCUCUAGUGAUUUUUGGGUGGUCGAUACGUCCGCAACUUGUCAAGGAAAAUCUGAUUGUAAAAAAUAUGGCACCUUCGAUCUGCAAAGUUCAACUUCGUUCAAAUCAUUAGGCACAAGUUUCACGAUUGGUUAUGGUGACUACAGUUCCUCAGAAGGCACAUGGGCAAAGGAUACUGUUUAUCUUGGUGGUAUUUCAAUUACUAAUCAACAGUUUGCUGAUGUGACUAGUACCUCUGUUCCUCAAGGAAUUUUGGGUGUUUCACGUGUUCAAGGUGAAAGUGCUAAUUCAGCAUACGACAAUGUCCCUGUCACUUUGAAAAAGCAAGGCAAAAUAAAGACCAACGCUUACUCGUUGUUUUUGAAUUCACCAGGUGCUGCUACCGGAACUAUCAUCUUUGGUGGUGUUGACAAUGCUAAGUACUCUGGAAAGCUCAUUGAAGAGAAAUUGACCCUGGACAGUUACUUGUCUGUCAACUUGCAAUCCCUCAAUUACGACGGUAAUGGCGAAACCACCGGAUUCGAUGUUGUGUUGGACUCGGGAACUACAAUCAGUUACUUACCUGAUAGUAUUAUUGAAGACCUUGCCAACAAGGUUGGUGCUCAGUUGAAACAAGUGGAUCUCAAUAAUGAACUUUAUUUAAUUGAUUGUGAUGCCAAUCCUCAAGGUAGUGCUUCAUUCAACUUUGACAACGGUGCUAAAAUUACAGUUCCAUUAUCAGAAUUUAUCCUUCAAAGUACUUCUAAUUCCUGUGUUUGGGGAUUGCAGAGUUCAGACAGACAAAACGUUCCUCCGAUCUUGGGUGAUAACUUCUUGAGACAUGCCUAUGUUGUUUACAAUUUGGAUAAAGAGACCAUUUCUCUUGCUCAAGUGAAGUACACUUCCGCUUCAAGUAUCUCAGCAAUCUAG